UUUAGGUCAUUUUGCAGAGCUUGAUAUUCGUCUCUAUGGUGGUAGUGGUAACUAUGAGGGUCGAGUAGAGGUCAGGGUCAAUGGUCGAUGGGGGACAGUCUGUAAUGAAACAUGGGACAUGGACGAUGCUACAGUGGUAUGUCGGGAGCUCGGGAACCGAACAGCUGUCAAGUAUGACGUGAUGUAUGGUGAAGGUGAAGGACCUAUCUUGUAUACGAACUCCACGUGUACGGGUGAAGAAGAACGUCUGCAAGAUUGUCCUAACGAGGAACCUAGGGUGGAUGUCUGCAGGCAUACGCAAGAUGCAGGGGUACAAUGCAGUUUCAAAGAUGUUGAUCUGCGAUUAGUCGGUGGUUCGACGCCAAACGAAGGUCGGGUAGAGGUUUACAAACAGGGCUUCGCUGGUAUGGGUGAAUGGGGCAGGAUGUGUGCCGGUUCGGAGUGGGACCGAAGAGAAGCAAACGUGGUUUGUCGAACAGUGGGGUAUCCGAACGGUGCGGAGGCUUCAAGCGGUAGCGUCGGGAGCGGUAACGGUAGGGUGUUCAUCACCGACGUGGAGUGUACCGGUACAGAGAAUAAUUUCCUCGGCUGUAAGGAAGCGAACUUCGGCAAUCUACAAGCUUGUCCAACUGGUGACGUGGACGCCACCGUUAUUUGCAUACCGACUCUCUUAGGGAAGGAAAUCGUCAGAUGA